GAGGGAGUUCUCUGAGCUUCUGGAGAAGUUUGGCUCCCAGAGCAACACAGGCUCAGCACGGAGCUCCCCGGUCCUGCAUGGUGGCAGUCGCUACCUGGAGAGUACCUCCUCAGGCUCCUCCUCGCGCUCCCAGAGCCCUCUGCUGCUGAGCCCUGCCAGCUCCCACGGCCCCUGCCUGCCCAGCCUGCCACAGCCCCAGCAUGCACACUACUCCACUGACUCAGGGAUCCAGAGCAUUUCCAUAGCCAAGUCCUCAGGCUUGGGGCUGACCAUCAGUGGUGGAUCCAACAGGCCUGAUGGCCCCAUGGUCUACGUCCAAGAGCUGCUGCCAGAUGGGGACUGCUACAAGGAUGGUCGACUCCGACCUGGGGACCAACUGAUUGCUAUCAACAGAGAUUCUUUGGUGGGCAGCACAUAUGAGGAGGCCAGAAAAAUCAUUGCAAAAGCCAAACUCAGACCCGAGGGAAGCACAGAAGUGGCCUUUCUCCCUGGAAGGGGACGGCUUCACCCUGGGCUGGCGCUCCACAGCAGCAGCACAUCUCCACCUCCAAGGCCUGUGGGCAAUGGGCUCAGCUCCUGCAGGCUGAAGGUCCAUCUGAGGUCCCCAGAGAACCCCCGAGAAAAUCAUUUCCCUGUGCCUUCUUUGUCACCAGACAUCUGCCCACCAGAGCUGACUGUCUCAGCACCCACUUCAGCAUCUAACCACAGAGGAGCUCCAGGCACCAAACCAAAAGUAGCUCUGGAUCCCCACAUCCGCCUCAAGGAUGGCAAACUGGAACUGGUUCUGCAGUACCUUGGCCUGGAUGUGACUGAGGAGAAGAAGAGGCAGCUCAGACAGAGCCUCACCACGGACUCACAGGGCACAGUGGCCUAUGGGGAUCUCCUCCAGGCUCUCAGGGCCCUGCUGCAGGAGGAGCUGGAGGAGGCUGGGGUGGACUCCAGCUGCAUGCUCUUCACACAGCACGAAGUGGCCAACCUGCUGGACACCUCAGCCUUCCACUCCCCGACCCUGGACUCUCUCAGCUGUACCAGCAGUGAGGAGCUGGAGCAGCUGCAGCUGGAGACGUUGGACCUGCGGCACGAAGUCCGAAGGCUCAAGUCUCUGCUGAAAGAGGUGGAGAACAGCAAGAAGUCAAUGGAAGAUGAGCUUCAGAGGCUGAACCAGAAAGCCCUGGGGUUCCUGUCGGAGAACCGCACCCUGCACAGCAAGCUGCAGAUGGCAGAGGUGGUGCAGAGGCAGGCACACAGUGCUGAGCAGGACUACGAGGAGGUCAUCCACCUGCUGGAGGCUGAGAUUGCAGAGCUGAAGAUGCAGCUGGCAGGGAAGAAGGCAAAGCAUGUCUCUGAAAUUGAGGAGGACAUCCUGGAGCUCAGGAGACAGCUGUCCCUGGCCGACGGGCAGCUGCGGAAGUCCGAGGUGUCGCGGAAGCGCCUGGAGAUCUGCAACAGGAAGCUGCUCCUCUUCGUGCAGAAUGUCCACAAGGUCCUGAGCACAUCCAGUCACCUGCCAGAGGAGAAAAGAGCCAGCAGUGACACAGAAGAGGAUAAAACAGAGGCAGUCUCAGACACAUCUCUUCCAUCUUCAGAUCUUGUUGACCUUUUGCUCUCAGAAGCUAAAGAGCUGCUAGCACCAAUCCUCUCCAGCAAGGAUGCUUCACCGUGUGACAGGGACCAGUGCCUGCCUGCUGAAGGGAUCCCAGAUUCCAAGGACCACCUCCAUCAGAAGACAACGUGGCCCCCUCCUGCUGGCCAGGCCAGGAGCGAUGCACCGCAGCCGCCCAGCCCAGCCCAGGACCUGCCGCAGUUGCCUCCGGGAACCUCCCACGCGCUGUCAGAGACAGCCGAGGGUCGGACUCGCUGUUCUCAGGGGUCUCCAGGGCUUGGCCCCAGCGCUGUCAGAGACAGCCGAGGGUCGGACUCGCUGUUCUCACGGAUCUCUCCCCACCCCUCCUCCAGCCUUCGCCUCCCUCAGCAGCCGCAGCCCAACCGCGCGCCGCGAGAUGGCGGCGGGAAGCGCACGUGCGCGGGGGUGGGCGGGGCCAUGGCCGCCCUUCGCCCCGCCCCCCGCCGCAGCACAAUGGACAGCGCGCGGCAGCGGCGGCGCGCGUGA